GAAAGGGGAUGUUUUAGCCGUCCCGGAGUUGAGUUGUGAUAUUUCCUACAGCCCCUUACAUACCCACCAGCAGCUGAAGUGAUCCUCCGGACUGCACCUCCUCUCCUCCCCGGGUAUCAGACACCUUCAGCCGGCCAUGGCGCAGAGAAACUUCUUCGUGGGAGGGAACUGGAAGAUGAACGGGAACAAGGAGAGCCUGGAGGAGCUGAUCUCCAUCCUGAACACCGCCAGCCUUCACGACCAGACCGAGGUGGUGUGUGGAGCCCCCUCCAUCUACCUGGACUUCGCCCGCUGCAUGCUGGAUCUCAGGAUCGGAGUCGCAGCCCAGAACUGUUACAAUGUGGCCAAGGGAGCGUUCACGGGGGAGAUCAGUCCGGCCAUGAUAAAGGACUGCGGGGCAGAAUGGGUGAUACUGGGACACUCUGAGCGCCGCCAUGUUUUUGGGGAAAGUGACGAGCUGAUUGGUCAGAAGGUGGCCCACGCUCUGGAGAGUGACCUGAGUGUGAUCGCUUGCAUCGGGGAGAAGCUGGAGGAGCGGGAGGCCGGCACCACCGAAGAAGUCGUCUACGCUCAGACGCAGGUCAUUUCAGAGAAUGUGAGCGAUUGGGGGAAAGUGGUGCUGGCGUAUGAACCUGUGUGGGCCAUUGGGACAGGCAAGACAGCCUCACCUGAACAGGCUCAGGAGGUCCAUGAGAAGUUGAGGGCGUGGCUCAGAUCCAACGUGUCAGACGAUGUGGCCGACUCUGUGCGCAUCAUCUACGGAGGUUCAGUAACGGCAGGUAACUGCAGAGAGCUGGCGUCACAGAACGACGUGGACGGCUUCCUGGUGGGUGGAGCCUCUCUGAAACCAGAGUUUAUUGAAAUCAUCAAUGCACGUGCUUAACGGACGCAACUUUGGCUCCAUCAGCCAGCCCUUCAGAUUGACAACAUGUCUCUGUAAACUGGGCUGACUGAUCAGCAGGUCCGAAAAUAAAGUUUUAUUUUGCUAAAUAUAUGUUAUGAAAGAGGUAUAGAAUUAAUUUAAAGUAAAUAUCUUUAUAUUUUGUGGUCUUUGGUUGUCAUAUGUUGUAUUUUCCUCUUUAAUGUAUUGCCCCGGAGUAUUUUGAUGUUCUCAAUUGUGUCUUAAACUCUGUUUAAAUGUUGUAUUAACGAUGCACUCUCACCCAUAUGCACUAACUGUUACUUCAGGGCCCUUGACAAUAAAAGCUUUUCACAGACUGUACUGUUUAUAUAUCUAUAUACUAUAUAGAUUUAUAAAGCUAUAUAAACCUGAAAAUCGAGUACUCAGCUUUGAGUCGUCAAGACUUAUAUCGUGAAGUUGUUACCAAUAGGCACCAAAGAUUGAUGUAGUAAUCACUUUGUGAUUUUGUGUUCCGUGUUUAUCAUAGGAACUGGAAGAAUAAAUUAAUCAAAUGUGAAACACGAAAAUAUGUUACCUUGUUUUGAAUUGUUUGCUCUGCUUAUUAUGCUUUCUGGAGUUUACCUUUUCCUGUAGUUAGUUCUAUAGGUUUUUGUGCAUGUUAAUGGUCUGGAAGAAAAUAAAGACCUUUUUGAACAUUAAAGCAUGUAAACAUGUCGCAGUAGAGGCACAACAUACUAAUAUGAACCUGAACAUUUGCAUAAUAGAGCCUCUUUAAGAAAUUGUGUGCAUUCUGUUCAGAUAAAUAAAGGAAGGUUCAUGUGA